AUGUCACAACAAACUCAGGAUUAUUCCUCAUCUUUCUAUGGAGAUAAUAUUGACCCUCUCCUAGCACCAGAUAUCUUGAUCAGUCAACAAACAGCGCCUACAUCACGUUCUUUAGGCAGUGACCAGAUAUCGACUCGGCCACACUCCUGUCCAGAGAUCAUUAAAGACUGGGUUCUCUAUACAGAAAUGAACAAAGACGAGUUUGUUGAGUGGUGGCUUACAACAUCGAUUCGAAGUGACCUCUAUGAGAAGAGUCACCAGUUUUUUGAUGUGAAGAAACGCCAUUCAGAUGGGUGGAGAUCUUUCCAUCAAGUCGCACAUACCCGGACUGGGGAUCCACGCAUUUUGUGCAAGGAGUGUGGCCAGCUCCUUGACCAUCCGAGUCGGAAAGGAAAUGGGACAACACCAAUGACAAGACAUUUAAAAGGGGCUAAAUGCCAGAAACUAGCUAGCCAUGCUAGUAAGACUAGUAAUCUGAAAGAGCUUUUUGAGCUACAAGGACAACUCUACCCUCCGUCCCAGCGGUCCUUGUCGAUAGAAUUCAAUGAGAAGGCUUUUAUGGAGGAUCUAACAGACUUUGUUGCUGGUCUUCGUCUUCCAUAUGUUAUUGUUGAAAACCCUCUUUUCCAGAAGCUUCUCCAGCGAGCCCAAGCAUCACCAAGGCCUCUUCAAUUCCCAUCCGCUAGAACAGUUCAUCGACAAAUACACCAGAUCGGGCAAGGGAAACAACAAUCGAUCCUUAAUUCACUACCCGAGAGAGCCAAGCUUUCGAUCGCGCUUGAUUGCUGGACAUCACCAUUCUCGCAGGCUUUUAUGGCAAUCACUGGUUAUUUUAUCGAUAUCAAUUGGAAUUAUAGAGAGUUUCUACUUGGAUUCGAGCCCCUAGAAGGCACUCAUUCUGGUGAGAAUCUCAGCUCGGUUCUUCUUACCCGUCUUAAAGACUACGAUAUCACUCAUCGGAUCUUGGCAAUUACAUCCGAUAAUGCCUCGAACAACCAAACCUUGGUAGACAGUCUAAAUGAUGAGAUCGAAACUCUGGCCGAGGCUAUUAGUGCACCAAUACUUGAGCCAAGCAAUGAGUAUACAGAGAGAGAAUUCCGACCUGGGCUAACCAGUGGGAAGAAAGAUAUUCUUUCAACAUUUAAUAAGGUUAGGGCAUUUGCAGUCUUUGUCAACGCUAGUCCCCAGCUCCGUGAAUCUUUUUUGAAGCUUCAAUCAGGGGAUACAACCUUAGUUCCGAUCCAAGAUGUAAAGACUCGCUGGAACUCAACAUUCCUAUUGCUUCGCCGCGCAAAGCGUAUUCGGUCUACUUAUCAGACCUUCUGCACUGAGAGUGGAUACAAUCAGUUUUUCUUAGAUCGAGAGGAGUGGCGUCAGAUCGAUUACCUUCUCUGCAUUACCCGACCCUUCUAUAACUUUACCACCGUUCUUUGCCAAACCAAAGACGUCACUAUCCACAAUGUCUUCCAGAUCUACAAUGCACUAUUUGAACACUUUGAGAAAUCACUCAACCAGCUCCGACGGAAAAAGGUGAGCUGGAAGCAAGCGAUGCGACAAGCCCUAGAAGCAGGAAAGCGGAAGCUAGCAGUCUACUAUGGAAAGACAACAAAUGCCCAUGGUCAUCUCUAUGCAAUUGGUACAAUCCUUGCCCCAUCGCAUAAGCUCAACUACUUCUCUGGUGAUGAAUGGUCUGAGAAUGAGUAUGAAUGGCGUGCGACAUACCGAGAUAGUUUCUAUGACUAUAUCCGGCCCUACUAA